AAAUUUCAAAAUUAACAAGUAGAUUAUUUUCUUAUUGCAUUCAUAAGUUUCACACGAAGAAAUUAUCAUAAACGUUCAUUUUUAUAACAUAAAAACUAUGUCUUGAACAUAUAUUGGUUUUAAUAAAUGAAAAACAGAAGUUGUAAUUUGUAAAAAUGCAAUCAAUAUCUGGAAAGAAGCAGUAUUUGUCGUUGGAUACACAAGAAAAGAACUAUAUAAAUCAUGCUAUACAUUCAAACAAAGAAAAUCAUUUUCCUGUGCUGAACCGUGCUGACUUUUUAAGAGAAAUAGAUGAAAAACAACAACAUAUUUACAAAAUUAUAUACAAGGCUUACCAAGAAAUUGAUAAAUAUAAGACACAUUUCAUACAAGACGUUCCAAAUCAACAAAAAAUAAAAGAUAAUACUUCCAUAACAUCAAAUAAUAUUCUAAAGAAACAAACUGAUAAUAAAGUAAGAAUUGAAAAUUUUAUUGCCCAAAAAUACUUGACACUAAAUCCACGUAAUAUAGAACACAAUGAAAUCCUGGAAACAAAUAAAAAUGGCGAAAAUUUUAAUCAUAGUACCCACCAGAAAUCUUCAAAUCAAAGCUUUGAUGACGUUAUAUCUACCAUUGAAAUGAAUAAGCAAGUGGUUGAGAAAUUUGGUUCCAUAAUAAGUGAUAUACGAAAUAGUAGGGAAACAAAUAAUAAAAUAUCGAAGAACAUUAAUUGGACAGACGAUAUCGAAGAUAUAGAAAGAGAACAAGAAAAUAAUAAAACUAUAUCAGGAUUUAAGGGGUUUAUGGAAGAGAUUUUGUCUUAUCUUGUAUAUAUGUAUCACGAUUUGAUUGGUGAAUAUGAAAAUUGUUUAAGUGAAGUCAAAAAAGACUCAAACAGUGACAAUUUCAGGGAAAAGUACAAGCAGUGUACUAAAAUACCAGAAAGAAAAUUUCUUCAAAAAUUAAAAAUAACAAGUGACAUAAUAAAACAAACAUUCUUGGCUGUCACUGAGAAACUUGUUGUAGAUAAUGUAGAAGCAAUUCUAAAAAACAACCAACGUUUAGACGAACACGACAAUGUUUUACAAAUUAUUAAUGAACUAAGUGAUGCCUGUGAAUAUAUAAGAAAAACACCAGGAAUAGAAAUGAUGUUCAGUGAAGCCCAAACGGAAACUGAAUAUGACGAAACUAUAGGUGAUGACAUCUCCGAUAUGAACAAAUUACAACUAAGUGAAAUUAAUAAUAUGUUUAACGAUAAAUACAUGGAAGCGACCGAAAAUAAAGUAAAACAUAAAGCAAAAAUAUUGAACUAUGCAGCAACCAUUGAGGAGUCAGAUCUGGUAUUAAACGUUGAAGAAAUUAACAAACCAAAUCAAUUACAAGAUAGAAACGGAAGAGACGAAUACUUAAAUGUUGAGCUAACAAGCAAAGAAGAACUACUACAAAAUAAACAAGAAACAGAUCUAAUAGUAAAAAAUGAAUCUACUUGGAAUGAAAGUAUCGGUGAAGAACCAAUGACAAUGUUUACAACUACAGAACAGGAUAAUGAAACAAUGGAAGCGACAUCUUAUAUUAUAUCAGCGUUAGCUGCAACAGAAGAAGAAUUAAACAACAUAACCAGUGAAGGCGAGAGCGUUACAAAUACUUUGUCACAUACGACGACACAAGACUUUAUUAUGACCAUAGAUACGCAACCAAAGAGACUAGCAUUGAAAACUUCCAAUCAGCAAGAUCUUAAAAAGCUAAAACCUCAACAAGAAAAUUUGAAAACAGAACACAAACCUUUUAAACCCAACAUAGAAAGCACAAAUUUAAAUGAAACUAUCAAAAACUUAGAAUGCGAGAGUCAGAAGAAAAUAGAAAAGAAUAUAAAAUGUAAAACAAAACUUUCUAAAGACGAAAUAGUGCAACAGCUUGAUUUGAUAUAUGAGAGCCUUAAAACUGACUCACAAUGCAUUAGAGAACAAGGAAAUGAAGAGUGUCUACAACCAAUAACGUUUGAAAGUCAAAUUAAAUUGGAAAAGUCUAAGUUGAUCAUUUUUGAACAACUAAAAUUUUUAUACGACAAUCUGUAUAUUAUCUAUAGCCCUCUGUAUAAGCGGAUUACUGAUACAAUAAAUACCGAAGACUCGUUAAGAAAUAAGUUAUUUAAUGAAGAACAUAACAGAAAAUAUUUAAUAGAAAACAAGCAAGACAAUAUUGACCAAAAAAAUUUUGGAAAUCAAAAUUUUGAAAACCAAACUAAUCAACAAAAAACAUAUAUGAAAGGCAUCACGAAUAUGAAAAUUAUUAACCCAUCACACAAAGUUAACAAUGUAACGAAUGGCGUAAUGCAAGCUCAAGCAGUAUAUCAAGUGUUGCUGAAAGAAUACAACGAUUUAAAAACCAAAAAGAUUACAUCACCAAAAAUAAUAAAUAUACAAGAAGUGCCCACAGAUAACAAAAACAAGUGUGCAGAUAACAACUCUACAGAAAUAUCGAGAAAUGCAAUAUUGGAAGAAGAGAAUCACGCAAAAAUAAAACACGAUGUGAAUGACAUUCCAACAGGUUCCAACUGGAAUAAUACGAAGAAGCAAAUUGAAGAUGAACUCAAGUCACAAUUAAAUCAGUUAAAAUCAAAGUAUCAAAACCAACUUCACGAAUUAAAAAUACAAUGGGAGAAAAGUGUGAAUUAUCUGUACAAUUGCAAUUAUAAAAUUGAACAAGAAAUCAUUAAUAUUGAUAAGAAAAUAGACCAGUUACCAUCUACUGACGGAAAACAUGUAGCAGAACUUAAAGCUAGUUAUCAAGAGACAAAGAAAGAAUAUAAAACAUACAUUUCAAAAAAGCAAAUAGAGCUACAACAAGAAGUAACUAAUUUUGAAGAAAAUCAAAAGCAAAUUGAAGAAAAGAUAAAACUUCUAGAACAUAAAAUUAACAGCCUUAUUCAAGACUUUCAACAGAAACAUGUUCAAAAUAAUGAUCCAAACGUCUCUCCAGAAGAAAAUAAUAUUAAAGAUGAAAAAUGGCAGAAAUUAAGCGACCACGAAGAAAAUAAUUACCAAUAUGAAGAAAAUUCAAAAGAAAUAGAUCUAGUCGUACAAAAUGAAUCCAAGUCGAAUGAAAUUACUAAUGAAGAACCAAUGACAAUGCUUACAACUACAAAAGAAGAUAAUAAAGUAGUGAAUUAUGAAGUAAGGAAUAGUAAAAAUAAAAAAAGUGGAGAGACAGAGAGACAAAAUCAAGUGCAGUACAAUACCUCUAAAUAUUUAAAAACCUCGAACACCGUUGAAAAUAGUAACAGAAACCGCAAUAAACCUUUGAUUAAAAACAAUGAUAAAAAGGUAACAGAGGAAGAAAUAAAACACGACGAUAAAAGUAAUUUCAAAGAAAAGAUCAAUCGCACGUACAAAAUUGCUAAAACAUUUGAUGGGGAAACUAAAUUUAAAGAGAAAACAAAUCAAAACAACAAACAUGUUUUAAAAGAAACAACAAAGACUCUAGUUAAAACCAAUAAAACUUUGGAUAAGCAAUCUAAACCUUCAAGAAUACCGGAAGCCAAAAAAUCACUUAAACCUGUAAGUAAAGAUGUUGAUGCUAAAGAUCUUAGUACCAAACCCAUAUCAUCAAGCAAAAACCAGCGAGCAGUUACACCUUCAAAUUUAGCGCAAAGGAAAAACAUCAGUGAAACAAAAAAUAAUUUGGACAACAAAGAACCAGAGAAGAAUAAAAAAUUAAACAGCUAUAUACCAAGAGAGAAAUCUCCUUUACUGGGAGGCUUAAAACAACAAGUAAUGAAAUCAAAAUUAUAUGUUCCAACAAAGAAACUUGAAAAUAAUAUUAAAAAGAGGAACUGUGAUCGAAUAGCACAAAAUGGAGACAGUGAAGCGCUGGAAAGAGGAAUAAUAAUAGAGAAUAAUACUUCUGUUAAUGAUAAAAUGUCGACAAAUGAUAAAGAUAAUACAGAAAAAGAUAUAGAUAAAGAUACAGAAAAAGAUAUAUUAAUUGAAAUGAUCAAAAGUCAACUACAACAUUUACAAGAUACUUUAAAAAUGGUUGAGUCUGUAAAUAGCAUAAAAAUACGUAUUAAAAAUACUGAGUCUGUUAAAUAUUUCCAAAAUAUAGAAAAAGAAAUAGCGAUCGUGGGCAAAAAUUUAGAAUUUGGGGAAGCAAAAGCAGGCGAUGAUAAAAAAUACUACAAAAACGGAAUUGUAGAAGAUUCCUCAAAGGUAUCAAUAAGUAGCUGUAAUGUGGAAGAAAUCGCCACAGCAAAAGCAGGCAGGUAUCUUCAACGAAAUCUAGAUCAGAUUUUAAAGGAGUUUAGAGAUAUAGAAACAGAAAAAUAUAUUAGAAAUGAAAUAUCAAAGAAACAGUAUUUGAACGAUGAUGUAUCUGUAGAUAAUGAUAUAUCACGAUAUAUACAAGACAGUAUUACAACUAGAGAUAUGCCAAAGUCAACAAAUUGUGAUACUCUGGUACAAAAUUAUAGGGGACACAUUAACGAUUUAAUAUUUGACUUGCAAGAAGACGAACUAUUGGAAAAAAAAUGUAUAACUCCGGCUAACAGUGUCAAUUAUAUUAUCCCAGAAUAUCAAUUACAAGAUGACAUUUUUACAGGUAGUGGUCAUUUUGUACCAGGAAUUCCCAAAAUGCGUCAGUAUAUAUUUGGCAUUGAUUCCAUAGGUCCUAUUGGCAUACAAAAAGAUGGGAGAGUAACCAGUAAGCAUGAACAACUGUCUAAUAUUUUUAGAACUACACCACUUGAUAAAUUUAGCCAAUAUUAUAGUGAUCACAGUUUGUAUACUAAUUUGAAGAGGUCAAUUGGGAGCAUUGAGUGUGUUGAUAAAACAAUAAAAAAUGCAGAAAAACAGCUUCAAAGAUUAGAUGAAAAAUAUAAAAUAAUAAUAUCCAGUAACCAGGAGGAUAAUGUACCAAAAAAACUUGAUUUCUGUUCAAAACAUUUGAAAAUAGAAAAAACUAAUGACAUAUUAGAAUCAGCAGAAAAACAGUUAGAGAGGCUGCAAAAAUACAAUUUUUUUGAUGAAGCUAUUCAUCACAAAGACAAAUGUAACAUAUAUAUAACAGAUGAAAAUAGUAAAAUUUUAUCACAUGAAAAUGUAACUGACAUACAUUAUCCAAAAGAAAAAGAAUCGUUCGAAGUAGAGGAUAUUUUUCAUUAUAUGAGAAAAAUACCAGAAAGUCUAAAAGAAAACGGACAAUUCUGUAAGGAAGAAGAAUUAAGAAACGUCGAAACUGUAAAAUCUAAAACUGAAAUAGUUUCUAGUUUGCCAGAACGGCAAACAAAAAGUAACAGAAAUAAAGUUAAAGAUUGGGGAGACGUUGUAUCGAAUUCUAGACAAAGUAAUUUGAAGAGAGUUCGUCUACCAAAUCAAAAGUUGUGGGAAGGCAAAAGCUCGUUUGAUACAAUAAUAAAUUUUAGACUAGAAAAAGUUAAUUUAUCGAACAAAUUUAAGUCCCGUUUAGAUUUAGAUGAUACGGAGAAAAAAUGUUUAUACGAUGAAAAUUUUUUAUAAAGGUAGUCCCUCUCAUAUGAAAGCUAUUUAUUAUAACAUUAUAAAAUAAAACUUCCAUUAAGUUGCAAUAAAGUUUGAAAUAAAUAAAAUAAAUUUUACUAAUA